AGGAUAGACUACAGGAGCCUUCUGGGCAUCUGGUUAUGAAACUUUCUAUUCUUCUUUAUUUAUCCUCGUAGUUUACCCACAUUUAAAGUGUUCGGCGUAGAAAGUAUGGGUGAAAAUCAGCCGGGCUUUUCGCCCGACUUCCCGGGUGGUUAUCCACGUGCAAAGCAGGAACAGUACUCACUAUACUUACGUAAGCUACAUCAAGAUUUUAUUGAUUCAUGGAAUGAAAAGUCUGAAAGCAAUGCAAAGAUGUGUGACUUUGAAAGGUACAAAGUUCUUGGGACCGGAGCUUUCGGAGUAGUUUAUCUUGUGAAACAUACAACGACUGGCAAAUACUAUGCGAUGAAAGCAUUAGAAAAAGAAAAGAUUGUCAAACUAAAACAAAUUGAGCACAGUUUCUAUGAAAAGAAAAUUUUGUGCGGACUCAACUUUCCCUUUGUUGUUUACAUGAAGUAUUAUUUUAAGGAUAACGUGUAUGUCUAUUUUGUUUUGCCAUUCAUAGCUGGUGGCGAAAUGUUUACGCAUCUUCGUAAGAUGGGAAAAUUUGAGGAAACCUCAGCUAAGUUUUACGGCGCUCAAGUAAUACUCGCUUUAGAGUACCUACAUUCAUGUGAACUUGUGUACCGCGAUUUAAAACCAGAAAAUAUACUGAUUGACAGAACUGGGUACAUAAAAAUUACCGAUUUCGGAUUCUGUAAGUUGAUUCGUGGUCGAACGUGGACGCUAUGCGGAACACCAGAAUAUUUGGCACCUGAAAUCAUCCUGAGUAAGGGUUACGGAAUGUCUGUGGACUGGUGGUCCCUCGGCAUUCUGCUAUUUGAAAUGAGUGCUGGACAUCCACCAUUCUUUGCUUCGGACCCCAUGAGAAUCUAUGAGAAAAUUGUUGCUGGAAAGUAUAGGUGCCCAGGACAUUUUACGUCAGAAUUAAAAGAUUUAGUUGGACAUGUUCUUCAAGUAGAUGUUACAAGACGUUUUGGGGUACUGAAAGAUGGUGUUUUGGACUUCAAAAACCAUAAAUGGUUUAAAGAAGUUGAUUGGGAUAAUCUUUUGAAUAGUCGGAUACACCCUCCCUUUGUACCAAAAGUGAAAUCGCCCGGAGAUACAGGGAACUUUGAUCCAUUUGAAGAAGAAAAAUUAAAAGAUAGUCCAGUUUGCCUAUUCGAAGAAGAAUUUGUCGAUUUUUGAUGCUUAUAAUACGAUAAAUAACGCAAUUCUUUU